CUAAAAUCCUGAAACCCCUAUUCUACCUCUAUAGCCGUUAUUCCAGUAGUGACAAAUUCGCGCCACCUUGUAUUCCCAAAGACCCUAUCAAUUUGCAGGAGGAAGAUGUUGGAGGCCAAGAGUCUGAGCAAGGCGGUGGUGCCGUCCUCUCUCAUAGAGAAUCCUUCUCCUGGUAGCCUCCAGUCCACUCGCCUCGCUCUCCAUGUUAGCGAGGACUGCUCUUCUUGUUGGGUCUACAUCGCCUCCGGUUGCCAGAUUUACAAACUCCAGAUUCCAUUGGAAGAUUCUCUGAUCAGCGAAGGAAAAGAAAGCCUUCUGAUCCCAGUACACACUGAGGUUAUGAACUCUUUGAUGGUUAACCGCUGCCCUCAUCGUUCAGAAAUUCAGAGUAUAGUCCUUGCUGAAACUGAAAGCACGGGCUAUUCAGUGUUGGGAACUGUUGAUUCUUAUGGUCAUCUUAUUGUAUCUAAACUAGAUACUACUGGUACAGAUGUAGAGAGGCUUACUUAUUCAGUAUUGCCUCGUGACUGUGGCAUUGGAGAAGGUGGUUGGGCGGGGCUUUGCUUCAGUCCAACACAAUGGUCUACGGCAGCUGUUGCACGUAGCUUCUGCAAAACGAUUGAUGUUUAUGACCAGGACAUCCAUGUCAGGGCAUUAUGUACACUCUGGUACCCAUCAUCACUGAACUUCACAAAAAGUUCGCAUUAUGGGAAUGAGGGCUCUAUAUUAGCAAUCACAGAAGGUUCCCAGCUGACUAUAUGGGACUUGAGAAUGAAAGAAAAUGGUGGCUGUCUACAACGAAUAUGUGGUUCCCUUGGUGAUGCGUUUUAUGCUGUCUGCAGUUCUUCAACUGGGAAUAUUGCAGUCGGUGGAGCUGAUCGUACAGUGACAAUCUAUGAUCCUCGCAGAUGGUCAGCAUUAUCAAGAUGGGUGCACUGCUCGAAAUAUGAGAUAACGGGGCUUGCAUUCUCUUCAGUUGACUCCGACUAUAUCUACAUACAAGGGGUUGACUAUGAGGUCUUUUGUGGACAGUGGAAAGAAAGCAGCAAGGUAUUUUCAUUUAGAGGAGACUCAAACUGGCUUGGAUUUAGCAAGUGCCAAAACAAAGAUGUUCUAGGUGGAUGGUGCGACUCGGGGAGUAUCUUUGUGGCCGAUGUUGUAGCGAAAGAAAGCGAAACAAGCAUGCUGCAAGGUUUUGCCAAUGGAUCUCCCUAAUGCUUUGUUCAACUGUCAUCUCUUCUAUAUAAGAUGACUUUCACUUUCGUGUAGUACAACAGAAUUGUAAUAGCACAACCAUGCCCCCCAUUAAGCGACGAUCCACAGUGACUUCUUUUUUUUAAGUUGUGGAAUUUAUAUUUUGUACAUGGAAUGUAUGGUUUUAAGUUUUUCUUCCUUAAAAAGGCAAGGCCAAGU